AGUAGCAUUUUAAAGUUAGUAACUUUUAACAUCUUUGGUGAAAUGGCUUCCAAGACUGCUCUUCUCCUAUCUCUCAAUCUCCUCUUCUUCACUGUGGUUAGCUCCACCUAUGUUCCAUGUCCUCCACCCCCCAAAGGUCACAAACACCCACCUGUCCCAAAGCCACCUUCUUCAAAGCAACCAAGUUGCCCCAAAGACACCCUUAAGUUCGGAGUGUGUGUUGAUCUGUUGGGUUUGGUGAACGUGCAGCUUGGAAAGCCACCAAAGACACCAUGUUGCUCCCUCGUUGAGGGUCUUGCUGAUCUUGAAGCUGCUGUGUGCCUUUGCACCGCUCUCAAAGCUAACUUGCUGGGUCUCAACCUCAAUGUUCCAAUCAGCUUGACAUUGCUACUCAAUUACUGUGGAAAGGGAAUCCCCGAGGGAUUCGUGUGUGCUUAAAUAGGGCACUUCAUCGUAUAAUAUAUAGUUUCUUCAAGUUUAAUAAGUAUGUCAUAAGGUUCUAUUUUGCCAUGUUCGUUGUUCACCGUGCUUUGUACUUUGUACUUUGCUAUCCUCUC